AGCCUCCGGGAGAUCUUGUUAUUGAUACUAACGCGCUCAUUACGAAGAACAAACCUCUAUGGCGGGAGCGGCAACCAUCUAGUGACUCGCCUAGUAGCUCCUCUAUACGCGUGCCGCUACGACAAGUAUCUCGACUCAAACGCGUCAUCAAAGCACGGAAUGAGCAGCUCGGACAAGAUAUGGCGGUGCUCACGAGCAGACUCUCCAACUUUGAG